AUGUUUCGAAAAGAGCCAUUGAUCAAACCGUCCAGUAAUCUGAAGGGCUCAGAAAGAAAGAAGCUGUUGCAGACAUGUAGGGUCCAAACUGGUGUUCAGGAUUAUAUGUUUCCAAGUAAUACCAUAAAGCAAGCUAAAUAUACAGCUCAGUAUAGUGCCGGUAUAGUAUACCUUGCUGAGGAUAAUGUACCGAUCUGGUUCAAGGAAAAGCACAGUGAACUGUUGAUUCCCACGGUAUACACAUCUUGGAUGAAUCCGCGAUUGCUUCCGGUUGUUCUUACACAUGAUGCCGUAAUUGAAGAAAGAAUAUUCAAUGGUGCAAAUCUUAUGCUUGCCGGUACGGUUCCUCCAUUUGACCCACGCUGUGUAAAGCAGUCGCUAUGUGGUAUUGUCAGUAGAGAGGCGCCCGAGAAGGUAACGGCGAUAGGUGAGGUUAGAUUAGACCUACCGUCAUAUGAAAGCGUGAUAGGCAAGACCGGAGUUGCUGUUGAAAUUUUCCACUUCCUGACAGACGGGCUCUCGCAAGCAUUGAACGUCAAGAUAGAUCCGGAUGGCUUUGUCAAAGACGAAACUGAAGGCUGCAGUCACGAACUGCCAGAAAAAAAGGAAACUCGAUCAGUUGAGGACAGUAAGACAUCUUCCGGUAUUUCAUUAGAUAAUAUUGCUGAAGUGCUGGAUGAACUGAGAGUGGAAGAUGUCGAUAAUUUUUUUAAAAGAUCUCUUUAUUACACUCUAACAAAUGACGAAAAAUUAGAACUGCCAAUCAGUGCUUCCAAUUUCAUUUCAAAUCAUAUUUUAAAGAAUUUACCAACAGUUGAUCAAAAUCAUGUAAAUAUGAGGAGGACUUCAUGGAAAAAGACAGCUAAAUUUUUAAAGCAUUUCGAGAAAGAGAACUUUUUGAAAUUGAAGGGUAAGGGAGAUGAUCUUACAAUUGUUGGUGUCAACAAGGCAAAGGAGGAUUUGAAGGGAUUUACACCAUACAGAGUUGGUAAAAAUCAUUCUACCAGCUCAAGAACAACCGAUAAGAAUUCUGGUGUCUCCUGUAUGCUGUACUCAGAAACAUUUUAUAAACCUAAGAACCUAGCAAAGAGUUUCAUCUCAGAAGUCAACAUCUCCCCAAAAGAACUAUAUGACGCAAAGGAGCUGCAAAAUGCUGUUAAUGAAUAUAUUGUUGCAAAAAAUCUUGUUGACCAAAAGAACAAAAGAAUGGUACUCUUGGAUGAUUUGUUGUUCGAUAUGAUCAAGUCAAAAAAAACCCAAAAGAACGAUCCCCGUAUCGUUUCAAGAGCCGAGAUCAUGGCACCACUUCUCGAGAACAAUUUCCAGACUUUUUUCCAAUUGUUUAGGUCCGAAAAUGAGCCGUUGUUCAAGAGGCCAGUCAAGGGACCUUUAACACAAAUUCGUAUUACGACGGAGAUGAAGAUGGGUAGAAAGGUUGUCACGAAAGUAUCCAAUUUUGAUUUCUUUCAAAUUGAUCCUGAAGACCUUGCCGGAGACCUCAAAAGAAUCUGCAGUGGUUCUACAACCAUCGGUGAAACGGCCACUUCUCCGAAAACAGCUGAAGUACAAGUUCAAGGCGCACAUGUCAAAGUCAUCACAGAGUAUUUAAACAAGAGGGGCAUUCCUUCCAAAUGGAUAGACGUUAAUGACAAAGUCAAAAAAAACAAGAGCAAAAAGCAUUAA